CGCUGGGUGCUGGCACACAGAGCUACCCCGAGGGCUUGGACUGGGAAGGGAGCCACCGGGAAGACACCGCAGCAGAGGAGAAAGCCCCCAGAGUCUGCCUCCAUGGAUGAAAAGAAUCAAGACAAAAUCCUAGACGAGGCAUUUUUGAUGAAGCACCACCGUUUGAAGAUCCCCUCUGACCUGUGCUCUGCGAACACCAGCAGCCAAAAUCUGGCCUCUGCUAAAGAAGACUAUUUUGUGAAAUUUGAUUGCGUUGCUUUUGCAAAUGCUGCUGAGAACCUGCUGACACUAGAGUUGUUUUGGAAGUUUCCAGCACUGCAGGACCUGGAACUUUCCUUCAACGGACUUAAGAAUCUGACAAUCCCCGCUGGAGACUUCCUACGUUUGGAAGAUCUGGAUCUCUCCCACAAUAACUCGCCCCCUCAGGACAUCUGGACGUCGGGAGAUUUGUCCCAGCUAGUCCUUCGCUUGAUGGCUGAGGGACUUUGGUCUCUGCCUCCGGACCUGGCAGGCUCGUGGGAGGAAGGCUCUGCUCACGUACCGUUUCCAUCUCUGGAGGUCUUGUCGCUGGCUGGCAAUCGCCUGCCAGACCCGAGCGUCCUUGCAAGCCUGUCUCGGCUCUGCAGCUUGAGGGAGCUGAAUCUGGACAGGAACAGGAUUUCAGCUGUCCCCUACCCGCACCAAGCAGAGAGCAGGCAGUUCUUCCUCCACCCGGGGACGGCGACAGCUUCAGGGCAGAGUGGGACAAGUCCCCCAGCAGCCUCUGGCAGUGGCCCUGGCCACCACAGCAGGAGGACACGGAGCUCUGUUUGGGCUCGGGAGGGUGGUAUCCUGCUGCUGGAGGUGUCUCCUGCCACUGGAGCCUCUGGAGCCCUGUCUCUGCUCACCCUCUUCCUCCUCUCUUCUAAGGAAGGAGUUCUGCCGGCUCCCUCCACACACAGGGACGUUUGUGCUCCCUUUUCUGAGCCCAAGUGUCUCAGCCUGGACUUCAGCAAGGUGAUUUGGGUCCUGUGGCUCUGGACGAGACAGCUCUUCCCCAUGGCUUUCUUCCCGUGCCUGAAGGAGCUAACCUUUCACAACCACCCUCUUGCCGCCACCCGGAGCGGCCGCCUGCCUCUGCUGACCUGGCUCCUCCAGCACCAUCUGGGAAUUAAACUUGUCCGACAGAAGAGCCUAGCCACGGAGAGGUGGCACUUCUCCGUCCCGCUCAAAGCCAGCCGCAAGGUAAGGAGGGAUGUGCCGCGGGUCAAGAAGCGGCCGCUGAUGCUGGAAGCUCCUGCCAAGACCCUUGUUUGUCAACAGCUCCCGGCUGCGGCGGAGCUCCGUGACCGCAGCCGGCGGACGGUGCUGGAGGAAGGCGACUCCAGGCCUCCUCCCGGCGCAGCUGAGGACAUUGCACCCUUCUUCGUGACGCAGGUGGAGGAUGAGUCCAGACCCCUGCCGAAACCCAUGGCAGAGGGCAGGCUGGAGAAGAGGAGUGAGCAGAGGAGGGAAGGAAGCUCCUAGGUGGUUCCAGCGAGAUACAAAGGCUACGAGGAGCUGCUCAGUGGGGACACAGACAUGGAUUUUAUCGCGCCAGUUGGGAACGUGCAGGCGCUGUACUACAACCUGAAACGCCCUCUGGUUUACUGGGAUGCCAAGCCACGACCAGACCGUGUGCCGAAGCCCCACAUGCCUCAGGAAAAGCACGGGAGGAUGCCCGACCCUCCUGCUGGCAAAGCAGAGGUCCUGGAAGGAAUCCUG